AUGGACAGAAAAAGCAGCACCGAUCAUCGUGAAGCCUCAUUUUCUUCUUAUCUUACCCAACAAGAAGAUAAUUUUGUACUUCAGCUGACAGCUGAUCAGUCAGUGCAGUUUACCCAUCCUGCCAUCACUUCAAGCAAAGAGAUUUCCGCUCCUGUCAGCUCAGAGGGAACUAAAGCUGAAGAUGGGGAAAUCAGCAUCUUCGGCGCGGAGAGAUACUUCAAUAUGAAAAAGGAUGAUGAUGGUCCAAGAAACAUUGACAAUAUUAAUGCUGGAAAGUACGUGCAUGAGAAAGAAUACCCGGUUGAUCUACAACAGAUGAAACCAAAAGGCAGAUUAGGAACUCCAAGUGUGACUUCUAAAGCAAGUUUGAAUAGUCAAACUGCUUUGGUACCAAAUUCGUUGAGAAAUUCUUCUCAAACCAGGCACCAGAAAGUCAAUGAAAGAUGGUUCUUUUCAGGCUUUGCCUGCAAUGGCACUUGUUCAGACAAGAAAUCUGUUUAUGUAGAUAAAAAUAUUGGUCACAGAGGGCUUCAUGGAAACGAGAUCAGAAAGGAAUCUGCUCGCAAUCAUAUCGUACUGGAAGGAACUAGAAAGCAGUCUCAAUCAAAAUUAACUCAGGUGAAAGAUGAGUUUUGCAUCCCGAGCUUCCGAAGGACAAGUGUUGGUUCAAAAAGACAAGAUUACUUUGUGUUGCCAUGCGUGAAUUCUGGGGUGCAAAACUUGAAUGUUAAGAAGGGGCAACAGAAGAUCAUGGAAGACGACCCACGAAAAUCGUUAGAGGUUUUCGGCUCCCAUAUGUUAAAAAAGGAAGAUAUAGCACUGAAUCUGGAAAGAAAGCUAUCUGUGCUAACUUGGGAUGCCAUCCCAAAAGCUCCAAACUUCCCAACCACUCCAACCAGUAGCCAUAUGUAUGAAGAUAUUGAAAGCGAUGGUAGUUCGGAUUUGUUUGAGAUUGAGAACCUAUCUGGCUGUUCACAUGUGCAGCCUAUAUUCACCAAGCAAACAUCUGAUGUCAUGUCUAGCUGUACGACACCAACCAGCCGAUACUAUGAGCCAAGUGAGAGCAGCAUUGAGUGGAGUGUAGUCACCGCCAGUGCUGCUGAUUUCUCAGCUGUUUCAGUCGACUAUGACGAAAAGAUGGUGGCUGAAAAUACCACAAUUAAUCGCGGUUUAACAUCCACAGUACCCAAACGAAGCCGCCCAAAUGGCCUAUUGGGACGCAAGAGUGAGAGAGCAGUAGAUGUUGCUGAGACUACAUACAAGAGAAAUGACAAGGCAAAGUCUCAGUUGCAACAGCUUCGAAGGACAGCCGCCCCCAUCCCGGUGACGAAGUUACAGGCUCAUGAAAUAAUGGGGGAAGAUUUAGAUUUCCCUUGA